AUGGCCCCUCUCUCCAAGGUCCUCCGGCCACUUGCCCGCGCCGCCGCCGCAUCAGCACGCCCUGCGGUAGGUAAACCAGCACGGCUAAAGGUCUCGCCGCACAACAGCACGCGCAGCCUCUCCUCAUGUCCGCCCUUCUCCAACCAGGUCGUCACCAAAGGCGAGCCCAUGGACCUCACCGACAUACCGCCCACACCUAUAACGCACCUCUCGGAAACCGAAAGCCUCAUGAAAGAGCAAGUCUCCAAGUUCGCAAACGACGUGAUCCUCCCCCGCUCGCGCGACAUGGACGAGGCGGAGAAGAUGGACCCGGAGAUAAUAGAGCAGUGCUUCGAGCAGGGACUCAUGGGGAUCGAGAUCCCCGAGGAGUACGGCGGCGCGGGGAUGAACUUCACGGCGGCGAUUGUGGCGAUUGAGGAGCUCGCGAGAGUGGACCCGAGUGUCAGUGUCAUGGUGGAUGUGCAUAAUACGCUGGUGAAUACGGCGAUCAUCAAGUUCGGGAAGGAGCAGGACCGGAAGAAGUGGCUGCCGAAGCUGGCGACGGACACAAUUGGGUCGUUCUGCCUGAGCGAGCCGGUGUCGGGGUCCGAUGCCUUUGCGCUGGCGACGAAAGCCGAGAAGACGUCGUCGGGCUACAAGAUCAACGGCUCCAAGAUGUGGAUAACGAACAGUCUGGAAGCGGGCUUCUUCAUCGUCUUCGCCAAUAUGGACCCCAGCAAGGGCUACAAGGGCAUCACGGCGUUCAUCGUGGAAAAGGGUACCCCGGGCUUUGCGAUCUCGAAGAAGGAGAAGAAGUUGGGUAUCAAGGCGAGCAGUACGUGCGUCGUGACGUUCGACGACGUCGAGAUACCGCACGAUCACCUGCUCGGCGAGGAGGGGCAGGGCUACAAGUACGCGAUAGGGCUCUUGAAUGAGGGGCGUAUCGGCAUCGCAGCACAGAUGACGGGGCUUGCGCUGGGCGCGUGGGAGAAUGCUGCUCGCUACGUCUGGAACGAACGCAAGCAGUUCGGCCAAUACGUCGGCGACUUCCAAGGCAUGCAGCACCAGCUCGCACAAGCCUACACCGAGAUCUGCGCCGCACGCGGGCUCGUCUUCAACGCUGCCCGCAAGAAGGAGGCCGGCGAGGAGUUCGUCAUCGACGCCGCGAUGGCGAAGCUAUUCGCCUCGCAAGUCGCCGGCCGGGUAUCAGGUCAAGCGAUCGAGUGGAUGGGCGGCAUGGGGUUCGUCAGAGAGGGACUUGCCGAGAAGUAUUGGCGCGACAGCAAGAUCGGCGCUAUCUAUGAAGGCACGAGCAAUAUUCAGAUGACGACGAUUGCGAAAAUGCUGCAGAAGCAGUAUAAGCAGUGA